AUGGGCAUGAUGUCACAUAUAAUGUCUAGUGGAUCCAGUACUCAGUCCACUAGCAUGUCGCAGGCUGCUCUUGCUGCUUAUCUUGAAGAGUUCCCAUUUAAUUUUGAAUUGAUUUAUGUAGCUACACGCCUACACGCUACACCAGAACGGGCCCUUCCCAUUUUCCCAAAUCCCAAUCCCAGCCGGCCGUCCCCCACAUUUCAGAUUUCAUUCCCGUCUCCGGCGACCCACCCAGCGGCGCCCCUCUCAAUCCAGAAAUCCGGCGACCCUUCUCCAGCGCCUCGCCUCGCCUCGGGAUCUGCUCGCCUCGCCUCGCAUCGCCUCGCCCGCCCGCCAUUCUCCAGCGCAGCAGCCGUUCCGCGACCCUCGCCGCCGUUCCCCAGUCCCCAGUCCGCGACCCUCGCCGCCGCAGCAGCAGCCGUUCGCCGCCGCAGGUGCAGCCUCCGAGCUCCGACGACAACGUUGACAGUUGACUUGGAAGAGGAUGUUUUGACCGGGUAAUUUCGGGUACCCGAUUACCCGACUCGGGUACCCGAAACGGGUAUUAGGGUACCCGAUUUUAAAUUCGGGUUCGGGUUCGGGUAGUGCAUUUAGGGUAUUUUCGGGUUCGGGUACCCGAUUUUUUCGGGUAGGGUACCCGACCCGUCCCGUUUAGACAGCCCUAA